CCAAAUAUUGAAAUAUUAUUGAAAAUUUUUCUAACUAUUCCUUUAUCUAAUGCAUCUGGUGAAAGUUAUUUUUCUGUUUUGAAGAGAAUUAAAAAUUAUUCCAAGAGUACAAUGGGAGAUCAAAAAUUAAGUAAUUUAGCAAUUAUGUACAUAGAACAAGAAACAUUGAAUCGUGUCGACACUGCAAUAAUUAUUGAUGAAUUCGCAAUAAGUAAAACAAGAAAGAAAUUUAUUUGA